ACGACGACGUCGAUUAACCAUGUCCAAUAUUGAAUAUAUAAUCACAGCCCAGUUCGAUAUCGAUAAGGGGCCCUCCCUUAUACACCAGUAUCCUCAUGAACUUGCAGGGAGCAAGAAUUUAUAUUUUCUCCCUGAGCUAAUGAUUCCUGAUCAAAUUCACAAACGUGACGAAGACUACACUUUGUUCUUGCUAUACAAAGACAUACAGACUGGGGAGUUCCAGUAUAAGUUCGAGAAAGAUAAAUGCGAUCCUUGCCCUUACUUCCUUUAUACGGUUGUUGUUAACCGAACUGAUGAUUCUUUCAAGAGAGGGUCACAAAUCAAAUCCUUGUCUAUAGUUACCAAAUUGUCUUAUUUUAAAAACUUUAGACCCUUGCUUUUAAUUUGCUUGGACACAUAUUUUAAAGAGGGCAAGAUCGAUAUAUUAGAAAUGUUAUAUCAUUCAAUCAAUGAAAAGAACUUCAAUAUUGCCAGUCACCAAUCAAUGUCCAUAAUUAAAAAAUUAUUAAUCACGUCUAUACUAGAUUUACCUAUCAACGACAAGAUAUACACCGAUGCCAAUUUCAGAAAUAAAAUCUUGGGUAUACCCACCGGGAUUGCCACCAAUAGCGAUUUAUUUAUUAGAAAGGAUUUAAGUUUCAAUUCCGUUGUAUCCUUCAACGGUAUGAACAUCCCGGUGAGAAUUCCGUUGUUGGAUUUACCCGAUACUAUUGGAGAUUAUCUAAAUCCUACUGAUUUGAACUUUAAACCCAACUUGAUUAAAUUAUUACGGGCUAAAUUGGCCAGUAAUUAUUUGAAUAAUGAAUUGACAGUGUAUGGUCUUCAGACACCACCUAUUAUACUCUUGAUAAAUGCAUUUUUGACGGGGAAAAGAAUUGUAUUUUUGAGUUAUGAAAAUUCCUCAGAAUAUAUUAUUGAUUUCAUAUUAUUAGCGUUAAAGCUUAUAACUGGUGGUGGGAUAUUAACCGGGUUUUUAACAAAUUAUAACGUGUUUCCUAUGAUCGAUGUUUCUAAAAUGGACUUAUUAGACCAAUGUGAGUCCUUUAUAGCCGGAACUAUAAAUCCAUUCUUUAAACAUAAUGAUAAGUUAUGGGACGUUAUGUUUGAUUUAGAUUCUAAUGAAUUUUAUUUAAGUUCGCAAAUACACCAUGAAGAUGAUAUUGUGGGUAUUAAAAGCUGUAUUAUAUCCGAAGAUGCCAAAUUUAUUUCCAAUUUACAAUUAUCAUUGUUUACUUAUAAUGAUGAUUUGACUACAAUUCAAUUGAUCUUGAGAAGACAUAUUAAUGAGACUAUACGAAUCUUUUUAAGUUCCAAGAACUUUAGUGGAACAGACUUGGAAGAUGAUACCCCUAUUACAUUGUUGCUUGAUGGCGUGGGCUACUAUUGGGCCAGUGAUGCGAAUAAAUUAGUGGAAAUUUCAUGUUAUCAAUCAAUUUCGAGGAAAUUUAAGGAUUUAUUAUACUCAGGAGUAUUAUCGUAUAGUUUGUUAUUACCCAACUUGAAGAAUGAAUUGAAUUUAGUUAUCGACAUCCAUCAUCAUUUGCAGAUACUACACAGUUAUUCGGUAAAUUCACUGGCGUCUUCGAAGAUUGAUGAACGCGAUAUUUGGUUUAAUAUAUUGAAAUUCCUAAUUAGUGGGCCAUCAUUGGAAUUAUUCUUAUUAAUUACAUAUUUAAUGCCCCCAAACUCGUCAACAAGCUUCCAAUCUGGUAACGGUGGAAGUUUUACAAUAUUCGAUAAAAAUAAAGGGAUUGAAUUGUUAUUGAUUAACUUGUUUAAUGUGAAUGAUCGGGUUAAAACAAAUAUUGUUUUGAUUUUACAAGAACUAAAAGAUAAUUUCGUAUGUGGAUGGUGUAUUGACAAAGUUUUAAAGUCAAAUAUUAUUUAUGAAAUGGCAUAUAACGAUUUGAUUGAAUAGUUUCGAUUUUAUAUUUAUAUACAUGAAUAAACAAUUAUGAGUACACUCUUGUUUUAUUUGAUAACUUUAUCCAGUCUUGAAGGAGUAUAAUACUUUGAUUCUUCUUCUUCAUCAGAGAAAUAUUUCAUUUUAACCCAAGUAUACACCGAUAAUCUGUCCCCAGGUCUUCUAGAAGCGUAAGCAUUGCCACCACCUUCGAAUUUUGAUUUUCUAUCACCUGCUGUAUAAUCCAAGGUUGGAUUGUUUGUAGGGAACCCUGGUCUUUUAGCCAAUAUUCCGAAUUCAUUAUCCUCAGAAUCAAUUCUAGCGUCAGUUUCAACUCGAUGUCUUUCAUCUUUAUGACGAGCGAUAUGUCUCUUACCAAUAAUAAACAAUGUUACUGCAGUUGUGCAGAAAAACCCUAAUUUGGUGAAGAAUCCUCUACGCGUCUCCAUAUUGUAUUAUACUUGAAAGGGUAAGACUUUAUAAAGAUCAACUGAUUCGGGGUUUAAAUCGUACCAGGGAUUUGAAGCCUGACAAAAAAAAGACUAGAAGGUGAAGGUCGUGUGAAGCGGGAGAAAAAAUUGGAAUCACCAAAUAGUAUUUGACAUUCUCAAAUCAUACCACUCAAUACAAGAAGCAAAACAACAUUAGCAAAAUAAAAGGAAUGACUUUGCCAAGAAUAAACAAUUUGUAUAGUGGGAACUGAUUAUAUUGAGAAUCAAGUUUAAUUAAUGAAAUCGACGGAGAAAUGUAACCAACCUAGCCAAGACAUUAGAUACAACGAAACUGGAGAAAAAUGAACAUUGCAGUUUGAGAUAAGCUCGCAAAUUAUAAGUCAAGAACAUCCAAUCUGGGCAAACCGCUUGUUGAUCUAGACACGCGCUAACAUUCCGAGGAAAUGCUACUCACUCGAAAACCCGCCG